AUGAAUUUCAGAUCUCCAUUCAGCGUCGUUACAAGGGUUGUUUUAAAACACGAGUUUGACCCCUCGACGGAAAUCUACAAAUUGACGCACAAAUGCAAAGCAGCAAGUAGGGAAAUCAAGGCUCAAGACAAGAUCUCGCUUCACAUGCACAUUGCUCCACACCCUCGCGACCAUGUUCCACCGCGUGAGAUGGCGGAUAAGCUUGUGCAAUCCUACAUGCAGACCUUUGGAUCUAUCUACAGGGUCCUGCAUAUCCCCAAAUCCCUGGAAGAAUAUGAGUUGUACUGGUCGAAUCCGGAAACGAGCAGCCAGGCCCAUGUCGUUGCCAAGCUAUUACUGGUUAUGGCAAUUGGCACGGUUUUUCAGCCGCGACAGGAAGCAUUUGUGCUCCGGUCAUCUGCUCUACAAUGGAUCUAUGUCGCUCAGACUUGGAUCACCACACCAUUUGACAAAUGCCGUUUAACCAUUGAAGUUAUACAGCUCCAAUGCCUUCUGAUCUUCGCCCGGCUUGUGCAUGAUGUCGAUGGGGACCUACUUCGGCUUUCCGCGGCAUCCCUUCUUCAAACGGCCAUGCAGAUUGGCCUUCAUAUUGACGCCGAGAUAAACGAUUUUCCAAAUAUAUCUCCCCAAGAAAUCCAGUUGAGAAGGAAUUUGUGGGCCAUGGUUUUGGAGAUUGUGGUACAGAUGAGCGUUGACUCUGGCGGAAUACCGCUCAUUCGUGCCUCGGACUAUGACUUCAAGUCUCCGUCUCUCCUCACCCGACUGCAAAUUGCAGCUUUCGUCAAUGACUUUCGUUACUAUUCUACGACUCUUCUCGCCCAGUCUCGCUGCCGUGGGACAUACUUCCAGAAGAAGAGGGGUGCAGCCAUGGGCCUAGGCGCAGCAGGUUCUUCUGUCGGAGGCGUCGUCCUUCCCAUAGCUUUGAACGAGCUGCUACACACCAGCGUAGGCUUUGGUUGGGCGGUACGGAUUAUCGGUUUCAUAGUUCUAGCUCUUCUAUUGCCAGCUAGUAUGUUCAUCAAAUCUCGUCUACCUCCUCGCAAGUCAUCUCUAUUCAUGCCAUCGGCCUUCAAGCAGCCAGAAUACGCCAUCUUGAUCGCUGUAUGCUUCUUCGCUACCUUAGCAAUGUACCCGCUUCUAUUCUACUUCCCUUCUUCUGGCAUCGCGAAUGGCAUGAGAACCAAACUCGCCUUUUAUCUGGUCGCAAUCCUCAACGCAGCUUCUUUCCCCGUCGAGUCCUAA